AUGAGUAAAUCAGACAGCAGUAGUGUCACUAAGAAUAAACUGACUCCCGGUGCCGGUCAUCGCGAUGACAGAGCAACGACACCAGGCACAGAUGAUGAAUCUACAGUUGGCCCAAUCUGUGAGAACUUCGCACCGCAAACUUGGCGGAAAACCAUAUGCCGUAAUUGUUUCCACGCUAAAAGCGAACAUGGUUUGGACACACGCACAAACGGAACAGAGAACCUCGCAAAUAGUGCCGACGCCCGGAAAACCACAUCGAAAAAGGAAGAAGAGAAAGAAAAAUCUAGUGACAAAAAUGUGUCGUCCACAACAGAUAAAAGCAAGAAUACAGCACAGACAGCGCCAGAAGCGACAGUAAAAGAAGAAGAAACCAAAAACACAAAACCAUUAGCAGCACUUUUAGAAUCAAACAAACCCAAAAAAUCACCACAUGUAAUUCCAAAUGCAACCCCUGUUUCGCUUAUUAUGUCAAACCUAGCAAAUUCCAAAAAACCAUCCCCUGUAGAUGUGAAAAAAUGUGGCCCCCCAGGAAAUACUUUGCUGUCGACUGCCAGUGCGAAAAAAUUAGUCGAGAAAUUUGGAGGAAGUAAAACUGCCCCUCCUAGUCCAAGUGGACCCGGACCUAACAAACUACCAACCUUUGGAAAGAAAACUAAUUCUUUUCUUAAAGAGACGUCAAAAACCGAUGCUCCGAGCCCGGGCACGAAACAGGUGACUUCGGCUGAGGCAUCGGCGAAAUCAUCUAAGACGUCCGACGUGGUCUCAACAAGUGCCGGAACUACAUCGACGCCAUCGUCAUCAUUAUCGUCCACAUCAUCUUCACAGUCUACAUCGAAAACAACCAGUGCCGCUUCAAGUAAAGACACCACUACGACCAAGGAUUCUACUAUCGAUACUAAGAAAGGUUCCAGUGAUAGCAGUAGUACUGCAACGACGCGUCAACGACGCCAACUUCUACCAAAACCUCAACGGGUGACACAUCAAAGACAACGUCUUCAGCAAAGGUUGACACUGCCACAGCAAGCACGGUGCCACCUUCCUCCGCAGCGGCCAGCAAGGGGCAGGUAG